UCUUGCCUACCACUGGUAAGCGUGGGAGGGACAGUCAACAUAUUUUUAAUGUGAUUGGUGUGUAAUAUGAACUCUGCACUUACAGCUAGGUUUCACUUGAAUGUGGGGAACGUUGCAGGUUUCUUUCAGCGAAAGCAGAAGGUUUCUUUCUAGAAAGUACUCUGCGCGGCCUGUUCGCACCUCUGAUACCAUCCUACGGGUGAAAGUGGUCCUGUUUGGCAUGGAUGAUGACAUUGAUGUCCUUCUACAGGAAAGACGCUUGGGGUUGGACCACCCCACCUUCACUGCGUGUACCGGAGCACUGCUCCUCGGCAUCUACAGACUGUGGACUGUGUUUGCCCUUCCUGGUUUUCGGAAAGUACCUAUAAACCUCAAGGUGCCCUACUUGCCCUCCAGUAAAACUCAGACGCAGAAUGUGAUGAAAGCGCUGCGCGGACGCACGGGUUGUCUGGCCGACCUGGGAUCAGGCGAUGGCAGACUGGUGUUUGCGGCCUACGCGGCGGCGGGCCUGCGCUGCACUGGCUUCGAGAUCAACUCCAUGCUGGCGGCGAGCGCUCGUGCCCGAGCCUGGUGGAGAGGCCUGCCAGCCUGCAGCGUCAGCUUUGUCUCCAGAGACUUCUGGCAGACGGAUCUGUCUGGUUACAACAAUGUGACUGUAUUCUUGGCCCCUGGUGUGAUGGAGGUGCUGGGAGAGAAGCUUGUCAGAGAGCUGCAGGACGAGGCCCUGGUGGUGGCCUGUCGCUUCCCCUUUCCCGGCUGGCCCUGCUCCGCGUCAGAAGGCCGCGGCCUCGAUCAGGUGUGGGUGUACGACAUGAGAGCCGUGCGGCGCCAUCUCUCCUUGCUCGCCCUGCCCACACCACUGCCAGAGGCACAGACACGACGGCAGUAGCGCUCGAUAACAGCCUAUUACGCUCAGGAAAAAAGAGAGUUGUAGGAGUAGCAUUGGUUGUUGAAAUUGACUGAUACUGUAGUAUCAAGGGAGAUCGCUGUAGUAACCAAAUGCCAACUGCCCUCCGCAUGCUGCUUCUGCAUGCUGCACAUGAACUGGUCCUUGAUUUGCAUGAGACAUCAUCAACCCAUGGAAACCACUAUAGGUCCAUGUUGACAUCUGCUGCCAAGGACUGCUACAGCAGCCUGAUCUCCAAAAAUUCACACGGAAGUGCUUUCUACAGUAUAGGCUAUUACCACAGCACUGUGUUAACUCUAUCAUUACAGAAUACAUACCAAAUGCUAAUCCUAAACAAAAUAAUGCUAAAGCAAUUUAAGUUGUGCCCUGACCAAAACAUUCCCUAACCUUAACCUGUCAUUAAAGACAUAUUUUUGAGAAAUACCUUUUCCAGUUGGUUGCUAGGCUAUCAAAUUCAUGUAAUGAAUGAAAGAAAACUAGCGGUGCCCAGACCAAAACAAUCCCUAACCCUAACCUGUCAGUAAGAAAAAAAAAUGUUGAGAGAAAAUAUUUGAAAUUAGAAAAAUCCUGAGAAAACACUAGACUGUGGAAACAUAGAGCUGUGGGAGUAUAGAGAGAGCACUUCUGUGUGUCCAUCACAGAAAAUAGUUCCAUGUCCAGGAGCAUGGAAUUUUGGCAAAAUCCGUGCACCUGGACACGGAAUUUGUGUCCUUAACAUCCGUGUCCAGGAGCACGGAUUUUUUGGAGAUCAUGUUGCCUACAGUAUUUGCUGGUAAUGUUGCCAGUGCCUUCCUCCAGUGAAAAAGACAAGGUACUCACCCUUUUCCAGAUCGUAGGCCUUGUACGCUUACAGACUGGACAGUGCCAAAAAGCUAAACAUAAUGCCAUUUAGGUGUGAAAUGUGAUCUUAAAGACUGUCAUCAUCGUCUUGCUUUCUGUGAGAAAAUAGAACUCUUGUCCAAAUCUGUUCUGUCACAGCCACAGUAUUAGCACUUGUGUUGAGAGCUCCUCACCUUGCCUCCAGAAAUACCUUCACACUUAUCAAAAUAACCAAGCCAAAAAUAAUCAUAAGAAAUAGGCUACACUAUUACCGUUAUGGACCCUUUUGAAUGCAUCACACAGUGUCUUUUCACUUGUGUAAGAACAAAGCGUCUUUGAAAUACAUACAGAAGGACACACUCAAAUUCAAAAUACCACUCAUUAUUCAGAGUACCGGUACCAACUUUCUGCAGCAAGGCAGGCAGACAGUCUGCACUGUCACGUCUGUCAGGUGAUCUCAGUCUCCAUGAGCAGGCAGGCAGCAGGGACAGACUAUGACUCCAUGGGCCCCUGGGCCAGGUAACAAGAAAGGCCCCCCUCCUCCACGGGUGUUGCUGAUUUUACCAAAAAAAAAAAAAAAGAGUGAAGGUAGAACUGGUGUCCGUGCCUCUGUCUCUCUUGGGGAGUUUCGCUCUGUGCAUUAUUCUAAAAGAGUGAUUCUCAAAGUGUGGUCCGGGGACCACUAGUGGUCCGCGACAGAGCUCAGGUGGUCCGCAAGGGGAUUUCUAUUUUUCCAAGACAAGCUAGCAGUAAGCUAUAUUUGUAACAUUAUUACAAAGCUAAACAUAGCUGAAGUCUCAUUUUCACCACAAUAAGACAGGCUUGUAAUGUGAUUCAGGAGGCAGAAGUAGGAGUCGCGCACAGGAGCUGGAUGCAGUUCAGAGAAACUGUAUUACCAGAGAUUCUUUAAGUAUAGAGAUAUGCCAACAUAAUAGGUUUCUAUGGGCACCUAACGCGACCAGGUUCCGGUCUGCCUAAAGGGCCGUGUCAUAAUGCUCCUACAAUGAAUAGAACAGUCCUUAGGUCUGCCUAGGUCUGCCUAAGGGGGGCCAUAAUAGAACCAGGAAACAAUGGGCCAAUGGAACCUCUCUCUCUCUACUCUCUCUGGUAUUAGUGCCGAAACAUACCAAAGCGGAACGGAACGGUCGUGGUACGCACGCACUGAUGAAGGCUUGUUAGCCGAAACGCGUUUGCUUUUUGGACAUGGUGGUAAUAUAAAUAAAUAAUGAGACGCAGUUUGUGAGUGCGGAUUUUUCUUCCUUAAGUUGACGCUUUUUAUUUCGCACCCAAAGACUUUCGUUUUUCCAAGAAGUUGAGCGCGUCCUCUGCCAAUUCUCAUAGCCAUAGCCAUUGUGUCUGCCACAUGCAUAGGCAGGCAGCAGAGGGCAGUGCAACAGUUGGCCGCAUGCUGGGAAGAAGUCUGUCAACGCAGACUUGGGGCUGACAUAUAGAUUAUUUCAUAUGCACUUUGUUUGCCAGACAUAUGCAUGUACCCAUUACAAUGAGGCAGCACUAGCCUAAGAGCCAGGCUCUUCAGACAUGGCAGCAUUGGCUGCCUACCCUUUCAUACCUGGCAAAAUGUGCUGCACGCAUUCAGGACAAGGUUGGACUAUUAAUCUGGCAUAUAGGGCAUUUUCCCAGUAGGCCAACGGUCUGCAGGGGCCGAUGUUUUUUCAAGGUUUCAAUUUUUUUUACCACUGAUGGUACUUGAGACAUUUCUGGUGGUGCUCGGAAGAAUUCAUUUUUUGUGCAUUGAUUUGAAGGCUGAUCAAGUUGUUGCAGUCAAAAAUGUCUCUUUGGUCUCACAUUUUGUAAUAUUGAACUGUAUGAAUCUGAAAACAUAAUGCAGAAUAAUACUAGGCAAGCAAGAAAUUUAAAAACAAACUUGCACUGAAUGUGACCGUAGCUGUUGAUGCCGUUAUGAACCUCUCCUGUAUUGACCGGCAAAAGUGAAUAUGGAAGGCCUUUGCUGCGAUAUUCUAAUGUUGGUUGUCAAGGUGGUACUCGGAGAGCUCAAUAUUUUCUCAGGUGGUACUUCACACAAAAAGUUUGAGAACCACUGACCUAGAGUCCGCCA